AUGCUUCUCCCGUUUCCGUCACUUUGCAUCGCCGUCGCGACAGGCAUGCUGCUGGUCCAUCUCACUCGAUGCCUUCGCUCCCCGCUUCGCAAGGUGCCUGGACCAACCGCUUCGCUCUUCACGUCCUUUGUGCUGAAAUGGAACGAACUCAACGCCCAAAGAACCAGCUAUGUUCAUCAGCUGCACAAGAAGCAUGGCCCAGUUGUGCGACUGGCUCCAAACGAGGUUUCGUUCACCUCCUGGCCGGCAUUGAAGGAGAUUUAUUGCUCAGGCGGGAGUGGCUACGACAAGUCUGCUUUUUAUGACCUCUUCCAGGUCUACGGCAGGAGACAGACGUACGAGAAAGAGGGCUCAAAUGAAAAGCCCGCAUCUGACACGAAACAGCACGCGAGACGCAGGAGAAUUCUUGCAGACCGAUACACCAAUACCAACGUCAUGCAUCAUGAUUCCAUACAAGGCAUCCAAGAACGCUCCUACGCCUUUGUCCAACGAUGCACAUCGGCAUCGGGAACGAAGACUUCGGAUGUAUUUGCAAGUUUCGACAUGGUUCCGUAUCCCCGGGACGAGCGGCUAACUUUCGAACAGAUGGCGCUGCACUCGUAUGCAUGCGACUGCGUCACACGCCACUUGUUUCAUCCAAAUGGGACCGACUGCCUUGGGAAGAAGUCGGACGAAGACAUGAUGCAUCAGGUUGUUGACGACGAUAGCAUGCAAAACCGGCUCAUCUCUCACUAUUUCCCAACCCUUCAUAAAUUGUUGGCCAGAGUCCUCGCGGUCUUUGUGAAGCCUAGGGAGGUCCCGUUGGCUGACAACUACGUCCUGGAAACAAGCAGACGCACAGACGCCUCGAACUUCACAUUGAGAUGCCGCAUGGAGGGCAAGGCAGACGAGCUGGACUCGGUCGACAUGGCAGCCGAGUGCUUGGACCAUAUGGUAGCUGGAAUAGACACUACCGGGGACACCUUGUGCUUCCUCAUGUGGGAACUGUCACAGCCGCGAUCCCAACCUUAUCAGCGUCGGCUCAUGGAAGAGUUGAGACAGGCACGCGGACGAUCCAUAGAACAGCUCCCAUUUCUUGAUGCUGUGCUGUGCGAGGGACUUCGAUGCUAUCCCGCAAUCCCCAUGUCGCUGCCACGGCUGGUGCCCAGGGGCGGUCGCAUCAUCGAUGGAUACUCGUUACCGGAAGACACCAUCGUGAGCUGUCAAGCCUUGUCGGUACACCAGAUCAACCAGGACGUGUUCCCGGAUCCAGAAACCUUCAACCCAGACCGCUGGUUGGCACCCGACGGGGAUAUCGACAGGCGGCGACUGCUGUUCUCCUUUGCGAAUGGCGGUAGAGGUUGUGUGGGGAAACAUCUCGCCAUGGCCGAGAUGAAGACGUUACUUCGCGACGUGUACUCCAAGUUUACCACGACGCCAGAUCCGGCAAUGGAGGAGGCAUCGAUGGUCAUGGAUGACCAGCUCAUCUCGACGAGGCCUCGAGGAAAGAGCUGCCUGCUACAAUUUCAUCCCGUGGAAAGGAGUGAAGACUCCAGGCUCGUAGGGACGCGACCGAAUCUGGCAGCCCGAGACUGA